AAACAACAAGAUAAGGUCCAUAGAAAGCAAUACGUUUGUAAAUAUGACAAACUUGUUUUAUCUACAUCUGGAAUACAAUGAAAUAUCUGUAAUAGAACCGUUUACUUUUAUGGAUCUUCCUAAUCUUCUUAUUUUAAAUCUUCAUUACAAUAAUGUAUCAACAAUCAAAGCUUUCUCUUUUAUGAAUCUUCCACGUCUUGCAUAUUUAAAUUUGUUUGUCAACAAGAUACAGUCAAUAGAGAGUUACACGUUUAUCAACAUGACAAACUUGCGUCUACUACACCUCGCUCUCAACCAAAUAACAUACAUUGCUGUUCAGAUUUGUAAAGCAGCGCCGUUGUUGGAAGGACUCCACCUCCACGUCAAUCAGAUUACGAUAAUCGAGGAAAAAACAUUUGAAGAUUGUAAACAGCUGAAAACCAUAGAUCUCAGCGUGAACCUUAUUGAAUAUAUACAACCGACAACAUUUAGGAAUUUGACAUCCCUACAAGUAUUACAUUUGUAUGACAAUGAACUAUCUACAAUAGAACCGUUUACUUUUAUGAAUCUGCCAAGUCUUCGAGAUUUACAAUUCACUCGAAACAAUAUUAGUCUUAUCAGGGAGCAGGCUUUUGGGUACUUACCUUCACUGUCUGAAAUGGUGCUCUCAGGAAAUCCACUUAAUUGUGACUGCAGCAUUUUCCCACUCUGGUCAUGGUUAAUUGAACGACCAUCCAUAGCAACAAAUGCUAAAUGUAGCAACGGAACAUUAAUUUCAUCACUUCAAUCACCUGCACUUGACAAAUGCAAUCCUGAUAUCUGCAACUGCUUCAAUGGUGGGAAAUGUGUGACAAACGGCAAUGAACUUGCAUGCGACUGCAUUGGACAAUGGACCGGUGCAUUUUGUCAAGAAAGUCAGUGUAUCUCACAUGACUGUGGAUUUGGUAACUGCUAUAUAGACCAAGUCAAUGGUACAGCUCAGUGUUUGUGUGACGACAGACAUGUUAACUUUUGUCCAGGUAUGUGAUUGUUAUUUUAAUGUAUUAUAAAUGAUGAUUAAAUAUCGGAAAUAAGUGUUUUAGAAUUUGUUAGUGUAUAUGGACUUUUUUCAUCUGAAAUUCAUUUAAAA